GGCAUAAAAGCAAUUGUUGUUGAGGAAACUCCAUCUCAGUCCGUCAGCGUGACUGUUGGGGCCGGAUUUACUGCGCUCUGUUCGACGUGGGAGCGCGCUGGAUUUAAAGGUGACCCACAGUGUCGGCACCAUCUCCCAGCAGGACUGCAAGCUCUGAGCCGGGACGGACCGUGGAUCUCGUGGGAGCCAUGGAGACACGAACCAGCGGUGGUCAUGGUGUCUGCCUGCUCACCGGGACAAGCUGAGCGGAGCGACCCGCACUGCCGUCUGCUGGGGGGCCGCCUGCCCAGCCGCCCGCCUGCCGUGCAAACAGCUUUCCCACAGUUUGGACCUCGCGGGGACUUCGGGGUCAAAAUGAGAAACUCCAGCCAGCUGGCCAGACUGAGGGUGCUGCUUUUCCUGGUCACCUGCCCCCUGCUGGCCAUGAUACAGGGUGUGGCCGGUAAGAGCGAGGGCGGCCGGCUCAGGGAGAGCGCCCCGGACAGGUGCAUGAGACACCACUUUGUGGAGACCAUCACCCAUCCUACCUACAAGUGCAACUCCAAGAUGGUGCUGCUGGCACGCUGCGAGGGCCACUGCAGCCACACGUCACGCUCGGACCCCCUGGUUUCCUUCAGCUCUGUACUCAAGCAGCCCUUCAAAAACAGCUGUUCCUGCUGCAGGCCCAACACGUCCAAACUGAAGGCCGUGCGCCUGCGCUGUGCCGGCGGCUCCCGCAUUACUGCCACCUAUCGCUACAUCCUGGCCUGCCGCUGCGAGGACUGCAGCUGAGCUCCAGACCUCCUGUCCCAGGAGGAAAAGGCGGCAGGAAACCUGGUCGAGUUACUCUGCUCGGGCUGCCACAACCACGCGACGUGCAUCUCCGGCACUCUGCGGAAGAAUGCGGAGACGUAAAAAGCACUGGGCUGCAUCUGUGACUCGUCUCUGCCAGUCCAUUAAUAUUUAAUGCGUUUCCAUGCUUUGAUCUGUGCAAGUGAAGGAAUUAAAAAAAGCCUGGCAAAGAACACCCUGCCAUCAUACAUCACGUUGCUGUGGCACCGUAUCCCUCCACCCAGGAAGUGACCUAAUCGCUGUGCAAGGCCUCAUAAAUGUUGGAACAGGGACGGGGUGCAUUGUGGGUACAGGGUCUUGACACUUGUUUUUGAGCAGCUGUUUGUUGACGCAACUGUGAAUGUUUUUCACACAGUCCAAGCCUCAAACAUAUAUUCCACACAACUACUCUUAUGAUUUUUUUUGUUGCUAUUUUUAUCGUUAUUGUUAGUUUUCUUAGCAUUUCAAUAAUUGUUAUAAGUAAUAACUUUACAAAUAUUAUUACCCUGUUACUAGGAGGGUUUUGGUGAGAGAACCUGAGCAUUCACAUGAAUGAGUUAAAGACUGAAACAAAUAUUGAGCUAUUAAAGGAAUAACCUGUAGCAUGCAGUUAAUGCGGCUCCGCCGCCUCAAUGCGGCAUGCAUUACCUGCACCAAGCAUUACUGUUCAUCAAAGGAUAUCCAUGCACUUUAUUACAGGUAAUCAGGAAUGAAAGUCAUUCCGCGGGGAGGGGGGGGACGGGGGUUAAAAACCCUCCAGACACAAAUGCCCUUGCAGUCUUCUCCCGACUUUCACUGACUGCAGUGAAAUUCCUGCACAGAAAUUGACUUGUUUGUGCAAAGCAACUUCAAUCUAAAUUCAGCAUGCGACUGAUCCUGCAGACAUACUUCUUUUGUUGAGUAAAAAUUUCACCUCAUUGUGUCAGCUGUCGACUUAAAACGUACUCACAUUCUCUAAUACAAUGUGGCUUUGGUCGGGGGCAUAAUUUAGUCAUCAGCUGAUCUGACAGCACAACAGAUUGAACAUAAUGCCUGUCACUUAAAAUGCACGGGUGAACGGAGUACACAGCAUGUGUCCAAAGAUGUGCUAACGUGGUAUGUACAGUAUGUGGGGUUGUGUAAUAAUUCCAUUAAACACUC